AUGCAAGAUAUUUCAAGUAAACCUCAUGAAAAACAUAAAGAAAAUAAAGAUCAGGAUGUUCAUGAUGGGUCUUGGUGGGAAGCAACGAGGAUUAUUGGUGAAAGAAAGAAUGAAUACAAAGUUUCAUGGGCAGGAAUUGAUCCGGAGACAGGGAAAACAUAUAAGCCGUGCUGGGUUCGGAAAAGUGAUUGUACUGAAGAAUUGUUGAAUACAUGGAUUAAAAACCAUAAACAACGUAAGACGAAGAAAACGACUAAUAUAGGGAAAAAAAGGCUAGUAGAGGGCUUGGAUAAGCAAAAGAAUAAGAAGAAGAAGGGAAAGAAUAGUUUUUAUGAUAAAUGUGGUUCGAGUGUUUCUGAAAAAAAACACAAAAAUGUGUUUAUGAAUGAGAAUAAAGAGCCUUAUACUCACCAUUCAUCAGCAUCUGUGUUGGAUACGAUGGAUGCACUUGAUACUUUUGACUCUUCAUUAUCAUCUACGGUAUAUUCACAAAAUAGGUCUUAUUUUAAGCCAUUCGAAUCCUUGGAAUAUACGCUGGAUCUUUCAGAGUUAGGGGAUUCAUCCAGUAUUGCUUUUAAGAAGUCUGAGGACCUUAAAACUUUUGAUAGUACUCUAGGAACAUAUCAUACUUCACCUAUGAAAACGAGCUUGUCUUCUAUAAAUGCUGAUACACAAAUUAAAGACGUUUUGGAUACAGCAAUAAAUGAUAUUUCAAUGAGUCGUAUUUUUAAUUUUUCAGAAUCUCCAAAAAAAAUAUUGAAUAUAGAAAAUGAUAAUGAUCAAGGUAGAUUUCUUGAGGACACUGUUUCUUCGAUAUAUCAUAUAACAAAUGAUAAUAAUACAAAGCCACUGAAUUUUCACAUGGGUAUGUUUUCUAAAUCUGAUUCUAUAUUUAUUGCCGAUAAUAAUGUUCCAAAUAUCUCUGUUGAUAAGCAUGAUGAUCGAAUUGAUAAAAAUGAUAAAGAAAUUGAUGUAUUAAAAGCAAGUGAAUAUGGAAAAGAAAAUCCUUUAAAGGGUAUUCAUUAUGAUAGUAUUUCUGUAAAUUAUAGUUCUCAGCAAUUAAGAUCACCACUGCCCUCUGAAAAGGUAUCUACUUGGCUUUCUCAUAAUGAAUCCAUGCAGCUUGAAAUUUUUGAUGAUUCUCACAUUCAAACAUCCACUUCUACUAUGAAUAUACAUGAAGAUGUAUCAGGUUCUAUUGAAUAUAACUGUCCUACUACUUGCAUUUCUAGAGGAUCUGAACUUUCUGGAACUGAAAAAGAUAAUAUUUCUGUGAAAUCUAAAAUAUCUGAUGCAAAAGUAUCAACAAAAUCUGAAAGUAGUAUAUCUACUGCGUAUACAUCUGAUAGUUUUCUCAUUUCUUUAAGAUCAAUACAGAAUAAGCCUCAUGUUUAUUUUUUUGGAAUUGAAAUGAAUAAAAUACAGAGGGAAUUGUAUUUGCAGUUGAUAUUACAAUACAAUGAUUUGAUUCAGGAAUUUUGUUCAUUACCGAGUCCUGAUAAAACAUUUAUUAAGAAGGUUCAUCGAUUUAUAAAUAUAUUAACUAUGUUAACUAUUCAUCCUUAUCUUAUUUUUAAGUCGAAAAUACCAAAUGAAACUUUUGAAGAAAUUAAGUUGGAACAUCUACUAUGUUUUAGUCCUAAGUUUGGGUUUCUUGCUUGUUUUUUAGAGAAAUCUAAGAAUUUGAAACUUUUAAUAGGGAUUAUUUCUGAUAGUGAAAUAUUAUUGGGUCUUCUUGAGAUAUUUCUUCAAAAAUUAAAUAUAUUAUAUUUAAAAAUAAACCAGUAUUCUGAAGAUAUUAAUAUUAAUGAAACUAUGAAAGUAUUUUUAAUUUCACAUGGUAAGGGAAAGGGAAAGAAUGUUGAGGUGUAUUGUAAUCUUGUAAUUUGUAUAUAUACAUCAAUACAUAUAUUAUCUACACGUAAUUUUAGUAAUCAGGACAAUGAAAUGAAAAACUAUAUAAUUCCAAUUACAGUUAAUUCUAUAGAACAUAUUCAAUUAUGUAUUAAAGAUAUUCCUCAGAAUUUGUAUUUUCAAAAUGUUGUUAAAGUUACUAUAUUGCUUCGUAAGUUUGCUGGCAUACUACCUAGUAAUCAGUUCUUUAGCAAUGAAUCUGCGCAAUUGGUAUAUAAUUGGAUUCAGGGAGAUUAUAAAGAUAGGUGGAUGUUGCCAAUAGUAUCUGAUUUAAGGGAAUUGGCAAUUACAUUGGCUCAUAAAGAUAGUAGAUUGAUAUCAGAAAUGCAGCUUAAUAAUUUAAUUGAAUUAGAAGAAAAAAUAUCUCAACAUGAUAAUCAUUUAUAUAAUGAAUUAUAUCUAGAAAUACAAAAAACACCUAGCAUAGCAACUAAAAGUGAUUCAUUUGAUAGUGAUGAUAAGAAAAUUUUAGGAAAUCUUUUUAAUCAAUUUGAAAUAUCUCAUUUGCAGUCAAAUGACCAUAAUUCUAUUGUUAAUGAUCAGUUAAAUUAUUUAACUUUAAAUCUUGAAACUAUUCAGAAACCAUAUUCAAAUAAUGACGGAAUUUCUAAUGUUAAAACUGAACGAGAACUCAUGUAUAUGGAAAUAAAUAAUCUAAAAAAUGAUGUUUGUAAAAUUCAGGGCAAAUUAAAGGAUACUGAAAAUGAGCUUUUGAAUUUUAAAAUUGCAUGUGAUCGUUUACAAAAACGAUAUGAAGAAAUGCAAGAACAAUAUAGAUGUUUGAAAUUAGAACACGAAAAUACAGUUAAUAUAAAAGACAUGCUACAGAAACGUUUAAAUGAUUUACAAGAAGAUUAUAUAUGUGUUAAAGAUAAGAAUUCAUCUUUUCACGAAGAAAAAUUAAAAGAUAUAUCUCUUGAUUUUGAGAAGCAGGAAAAAGUACCCAGUAAUGUUAUGUAUGAUUCAGUAAAAGAAUGUUUUGAAGAAAAUUUGCAUCUUAAAAAAAUUAUUGAAAAUAAAACAUCUGAUUUUGAGUUUUUACGUUUACAAUAUCAAGAAGCAUCUUCAUCAGCGGCGAAUCUUGCUAAUGAAGUUAAGGAAUUAGAAAGUGAGAAUAUUCGUUUAAGAAAUAAAGCUGAAGGUGAAGCAAUACGAUUAAACGAAAUGAUGAUACAAUUACUGGAAAAAAAUAUGAGUAAAAGGAUUGAAGAGCUAGAAACUCAAAAUUCCUUAUAUUUGAAACAAUUGAGGUUGAAGGCAAAAGAUAAUUCAACUAGAAAAGUAUCUAUUCAUGAAUGUCGUUCAGUAUUUGAUACAUUUCAUGAUAUUAAAUCAAUUCCUCAUGAACGUUUAGGUAAAAAUAUGAAUUCUCAAAAUUCAGAAGACUUAAAUGGACAUUCAGUAUCUGAGACUGUGAUGAAUAUUAAUGAAUUUUGA